CCUGCUCGACUAGCUCCCUUUACUUCGUCGUGUGCGCAACGCCUGAGCAGCACGUCGCACCAAAACAACCCACGAGAAUGAUUUUCCGACAUUCUUUACAGAAAGUGCCUAGUCUUCUAUCUAGCUGUGUGAAGUUAUUUUCAGUCCAGAAAACACGUCUUCUUGAUACUGCAGCGUCUUUUCCGUAUCGUGACAGACACCGCGAAAAUGACAGAGACAGAUCAUGGUCAAGAAACCCACAUCAUAACAGAGACUAUGAAAGAGACAGGAGCUUUAGAGGAGGUGGUGGAGGAAGAGGGUUUGGUCAGCCUGGAAGAACUUUGCUCAAACCCAAAUGGGACCUAAGCAAAUUGACAAAAUUUGAGAAAAAUUUGUAUGUCCCGCAUCCUGUUGUUGCAAACAGACCCCAGGAUGAAAUUGAAAGAUUUUAUGCCGAGAAGGACAUCAGUGUUUAUGGAAAGAAUGUGCCCCAUCCUGUUUUCUCUUUUGAAGAGGCAGGGUUUCCAGAUUAUAUCUUGCGCCAGAUACAAACAAAUGGCUGGAAGGAACCAACUACAAUACAGUCCCAAGGGUGGCCCAUUGCUUUAUCAGGUCGUGAUUGUGUUGGCAUUGCCCAGACUGGCUCAGGAAAAACACUAAGUUUUAUACUUCCAGCCAUUGUGCAUAUAAACCAUCAGCCCCGUCUAGAGCGUGGAGAUGGCCCUAUAGCUCUUGUUUUGGUACCUACACGUGAACUAGCACAGCAAGUACAAGUUGUUGCCUCCAACUCUGGUCGGACGUCACAGAUUCGCAGUGUUUGUGUUUAUGGUGGUGCUUCUCGAGGUCCCCAGAUUCGAGAAUUGGAAAGAGGGUGUCAGAUCUGUAUUGCUACCCCUGGACGUUUGAUUGACUUUCUGGAAUCGGAACAAACCAAUUUGAAACGCACAACAUACCUGGUUCUGGAUGAAGCUGAUCGUAUGCUGGAUAUGGGCUUUGAGCCACAGAUUCGAACUAUUGUGGAACAAAUAAGGCCUGAUCGCCAGACACUAAUGUGGAGUGCCACAUGGCCUAAGGAAGUACAGAAUCUGGCGGAGGACUUUUUGUCCAAUUAUAUCCAGGUUAACACAGGAAGCCUAAAGCUUAAAGCCAACCAUAAUAUUCUACAAAUCAUUGAUGUUUGCAUGGAACAUGAGAAGGAGGAAAAGCUGUCUAAUUUGUUAAAAGAAAUUAUGAGAGAGAAAAACAACAAGACAAUCAUCUUUGCUGAAACCAAGCGAGCAGUUGAUGAUCUGACUCAAAGAAUGAAAAGAGAAAGAUGGCCAGUCACUGGUAUUCAUGGAGACAAAUCACAGCAUCAGCGGGACUGGGCUCUGAAUGAGUUUAGAACUGGAAAGUUACCAAUCUUAAUUGCUACAGAUGUAGCAUCACGAGGCUUGGAUGUCGAUGAUAUCAAGUUUGUUAUCAACUUCGACUACCCAAAAACCUCUGAGGACUAUGUGCAUCGCAUUGGACGCACUGCUCGUAGUAAUAAGACUGGCACGGCCUACACCUUUUUCACUCCUGAUAAUGCCAAGCAAGCCAGUGGCCUUAUUGGUGUUUUGCAAGAGGCUAAGCAAGUUGUGAAUCCCAAGCUUUUCCAGCUAGAAAGAAGUGGCAGGGGAUUUAUGGGCCAUGGCAGAUAUCAAAGCCAUGACAGAUAUCAAAGCCGUGACAGAUAUCAAAGCCGUGACAGAUAUCAAGGCCGUGGCAAGGACUCUUUCGAUGAAGAUUUUUGAGUGUGGUGGAAGCCAAGAGAGACAGAGUCAUGACUGACGUGAAAACCAUAAAGAGAAAGGAUGGAGAACAGAGUUCUGGCAGAUAACCAUCUUAUCUUUUUUUUUUCUGCAGCUGUAUGUUUCUCUUUCACUGCCAUCUCUACUCAGUCUUCUUACCAAUGUCAGUGAAAUGGACCACCUGGUUGAAUGUAUGUAUUAGUAUUUAGACUGUCCUUAUUUGCAGGUGUAAAGCAUGACUUUGUAAGUGAUGAGUUAUGAGUUUGUUGUUAAUAAAAGCUGUUAUGCAUAACCCGA